GAGGCUCUGUCUUCUUCCCCAUGUGUCUGCAGCUGUGCAGGGCCCCGUUGUGUCCUGGAGAAGGGGCUCUCAGCUGUCCCACACUGUCAGCCAAGCAGAAUGUGUUGCAGGGAGCACUGUGCCACGGAGGACUAAGAAAUGUUGGGGUGACUGUAGGGCACUGGUGAGUGGAUGUUGGCAUCCCAAAGCCAAGGGCAUGGAGAGCUGCAGUACCCCUGGUGGUGGGAUACCCCUGGUGAUCACUCCCAGCCUUUUUGACAAGCACAAUUAAAAGCAAAUGAAGGAGAAAGCUGAAGGCAUGCCACUGGGAGUGGCAAGAGAGCUGCAUCACUAGACAGUGCCUCCUGGAAGGAGACCCUACGACUGCUCCCACGGCCUCAGGACGUGUCCCUGCUCCCACAGCUGAUCACUGGGGCAGGUGAGGGGAACAGCUGCUCUGCAGCUCACACUGCUUCAGUGAGACCAUUGUGGAGAUCGCCCUGCCACGUUCCCAGACACGUCCAUGCCCUGCUGCUCAUUCAGCAUCAGCUUUAACCUCCUGCAUUUCUGCUGCAUCGCGGAUUCUCUUCACCAGGACAAAGCACUCGUGCACACGGUGCCAGAUGGACAGUUCCAGUGUGGUUGCCACAGCCCCAGGGUGCUGUGAGCAGUCAUAAUGGUGGCAUCACCCUGUCUCCAGGUUUGGCCAUACAGGUGAACCCCUGAGCAACCAGCAGCAGCCCCGGAGCCAGCAGCAUUCAUGUCUCACCUCUGCACAUCCCACACCUGAGCGAGUGCUGCAGUGAGCCUGGCUCUUCCGUGUCACCAGGAUGUCACUGCACUGGCACUGGCUCUGACAGCACUGGGGUCCGGCACUGCAACCUGCUGCAUCUUUGGCUAAGGAGCACCCAGGAAGGAGCCCACUGCACCCACAGCACCGUGCAGGUGCUGAAAGCCUUCAAACCUGAACACGCCAGCCCUGGGCUUAAAACUAUGUGACAUGCUAUUUGUAUGCAAAUAACUUUCAGAAUGCAGAAGUCCAAAAAUAUCAUUUUAAAGUCAACUAUAAUUAAGUUUGCAAUGCAUUUCCCAGCUCCUGCAGCUCUGGGGAUCCCGCCGUUAACACAAAGAUGAAUGUGUGGAUGACAUUUCUCCCCCUCGCACGGUUUUGCUGGUGAUUUAUUUAUCUAUUCGGGCUGGGUUUUGUUGUCUCAGCAGUCUCUGUUGUUCAGGAGCAGCGAACACUGGGAGUCCAUUUAAAAAGAAAACAACUCCUGUCUCAUUUCCGUAAUUUAUUAUGCGGAGAUUUUGUGUUUUUCAUAAUUGAUUAGAACCUGUAAUUUCAUUUUUUAAAUACGUGGACCUAUUAGCUCACGUAAUGAAAGUCUAACAAGCCUGAAGAUGAGCCAUUAAUGAAACAGCAGUUUUAUGAUUCUCCAACAAUAUAUUGUAACGGCAGUUCGCUUAUAAAGCUGUCCUGCACUGAUUUACACCGAAACUUGUUUGUGAUAUGGAGAUAGCAGCAGUGGUGCCUGGCACUAAAUUAGCACUUCCUGACAGUCAUUAAACAAUGGGAAUCAUAAUCUGGAUUUAUGGGGUUUGGAGCAGAGCAGUAGGAAAGUCCAAUUAAGCCACGGCUGUGCUCAGGUACCUAUGUAAAACAUCUCUAUUAAUUUAUGCUAGCGAAUUAGUUCUCUUUCAAACAAAAGAACUGGAGAAGAGCAGGUGAGGGUUGCAAGGCCAGCAGCACCGUGCCCAGAUGAGUCCUCUCUGGGCAGCGUCUGCUGUUGGGUUUCUGACUGCAGCUCACACCCAGUGCCAGGGGCUGAGGACAUUGCACCGAGGACCCUGCGGUGGGUGCUGGGCUGAAGGUUCCCCCCCAGAAGGUCUCUGCUUGCAGCCAGCAGGCGGGUGCAUCUUUCCACACAUGCUGCAGUAUACCAGGAAGAGGCAUGGCCAUGCAGGGUUAUCCCAUGAAUAAAGCAGUGCCUGUGCUCUCCAGUGGAACGGCUGCAGGCAGGGCUGCUGAUGUUUGCUUUCUGUGACUGCUCCUGUCCUGAGGCUUUGCUGGGCGAGCCCACACAUCAAUAGAUCCAACUCUAUUAAGAUGACUGCUGCACCAGCUCCUCCUGUGCCUCGCUGCCCUGGUUCCCUUGCACUCCCGUGCAGCCACAUGGCUGUGCCUAUCCUGUUGCAGGAGCCCCGGGGCCCACGACCCCCACGCCGAGCAGCUGCAGCCAGGUCCCCGGCUGCAGCAUGAAGGGUUUGUUGCCAGCAAAGCCUUCCUGGAGGCACAUCUCAGAGCUCACGGUAAAGCUCUCCCCAGGCAACGUCUGUUUGUGCCUUACAGCUCACAACUGAAUUGUAAUCAGCGAGCCACUAACUUCCACUGCAGAGUGGAAGAAGUAACAGAUGCUUUUGAGCAAUAAACAUAAUUGAAACAUGAAGUGCCUGUGAGCACAGCAGGCCCUUGGGGUGCACUCCCCAGUGCAUGCCCAGAGCACUGGGCAGUGCUGCAGCCAUCUGUGUCCAGCAUCAUUUUAUCCUCAUUCCUUCCAAAGCCCUGAAGGUGGAAGAGAGGCUUUUCUGCUCACAGCCCAACCAAAAGGAUGCCAUCAGUACAAGUGUAGUCCCAGACCCCUCAGUCAGACUUUGGGUCCCCCUCUCCUCGAUCCCCAGCGGUGCUGCUGUUGGCAGUGCUCCCAUAUGCCCUGUGCUGUCACAGUGGCACUGAGCCCCAGGGGGCUUGUGCCAGCUCCUGGCACAGCGCAGGCACCCUGCCCUCCUGCUGCAAUGGAUCUAAUGGUUGACUCUGGUAGUACAAGGCCAAUUUAUAAAUCUUUCCGUCCCAUUAGAUUUUAUUUGAUUUGGAUGUUCACGCGUCAAAGCAAAUGAUUUAAUUAGCGCUAAGCGGGGCUGCCUGCCCCAGCGCUUCCAGCCCUGCGGUCUGCCUUCACCCAGAGAUGGGCUCCAGGGCUGUGUGGGGCUGCUGGGGACCAGGCAUAGGUGGGGACAGCUGUGAUCCCAUGGAGUGAGGCUGCACUUGGGGCUGGCACUCGGCCCUCACUGAUGGUGCCCAGCAGAGCCAUAGAGCAGUGAUGGCAGGGGCAACUGCAACAGUUCCAGAAGGAGCAACUGUAAUUUCUUUUGGGAAUGGCAACCAGUGUAGCAAUGAAUAUGUGAUGAAUGGACUGGGGGCUCCACAGAGAUUUUCUCAUGGUUAAUGCCAUGGCAGGGGUCAGGGCAGACGGUUGCAGGGUGAACUCACACAUUGCCCCGAAGCUGGUGAAUUCAGCACCAGUGGAGAUGGAGCUGCCACAGCUACUGCAUGGCACCUCUCCAGGGCAGUGCCCUCCCCUCUGUCCUGCAUAGCUCUGGGCCCUUGGGGCUGAGCAUCCCAGGUAGGUGCAGCCCCGCAGGAGCUGGGACAGGACAUGGCUGGGGCAGCCCCUGCAGCACUACAGGAGGGAGCUGUGUCCUCCUAACCUCCGGUCCUGCUGGGAAAGGACACCCUGCCAGCCUGGUUCUGCUCCUCACCACCUCAUUCUCUGCUUGCAGGAGCCUGAUGCCACGCACACUCGACAGCCAGAUCACGGUGGAGAAGACCCCCAGUUACUUUGUCACCAAGGAGGCCCCACGGCGGAUUUUCAACAUGUCACGGGACACCAAGCUGAUCGUGGUGGUGCGCAACCCCGUCACCCGCGCCAUCUCGGACUACACGCAGACGCUCUCCAAGAAGCCCGACAUCCCCACCUUCGAGGGGCUGUCCUUCCGCAACCGCAGCCUGGGGCUGGUGGACACCUCCUGGAACGCCAUCCGUAUCGGGAUGUACGCUGUGCACCUGCAGAGCUGGCUGCAGUACUUCCCCCUCUCUCAGAUCCACUUUGUCAGUGGGGAGAAGCUGAUCACCGACCCGGCUGGGGAGAUGGCCAAGGUGCAGGACUUCCUGGGCAUCCGGCGGGUCAUCACUGACAAGCACUUCUACUUCAACAAGACAAAAGGCUUUCCUUGCCUGAAGAAAACAGAGAGCAACAGCUCACCGCGCUGCCUGGGCAAAUCCAAGGGGAGGACUCACGUGCAGAUAGACCCCGAGGUGAUAGAGCAGCUUCGGGACUUUUACAGACCUUACAACAUCAAGUUCUAUGAAACAGUCGGGCAGGACUUCAGGUGGGAAUGAGCAGCCGGGAGCAGAGCUGCGGUGACAUGAGCUGCAGUCUUCCACGGGGCAAUGGAGGGGGCAGGGCCAGGACCUGCACAUCUCCAUUCUUCCUGCAGCCGCAGCAUGGCAGGAGGGGGCCAGGCUGUUGCGGGGUGAGCAGGGCCAGGACCACAGUGUCCCACAAGUGUCACAGGUGCUGCCAUCCCAGUGCACAGCUGUGUAGUCCUAUGUGUUGGUGCUGUGGUGAUGGCCCCACUUCCAGGGUAUGUCCUCCUCAGCACCCCAAAGGGACCCGGGCACCCAGAACAGAGGAUGUGCCCAGGGCAGGCAGGGCUCUGCUGCCCACUGCCUUCUAUCCCUGCAGAGCAGUGUGGCUCAAGAGGGUGAGAUGUAUCUGCUUGAAUCAAAACGUCUUUGAAACAUGUUGUACCAAUAUUUUGUCCUGUGAAUAAAGCACAGAAUCCUGCUGUUACGGGUACUUUAGUGGCACUAGUGUCCUUGUUCAGCAUGUGAUCCCUUGUGUAAAUAAAAGAGGCUACCA